GCACAGUGCAUGCUGGGGUUUCUGUGGGAGGACUGUACUGCGGUUACGUGGGGCUGCUGCUUGGUGGGGAAAACAAGGCCUUUCAAACCUGUUGUUUGGAAGCAGAAUGGGGUGCAGUGCUGGGACUUUGAGUAUUUAAAGUCGCUCUAGCAUGGGAUUUGUCGGGUCAGAUUUCAGCUCGCAUCAGGCCUUUUGAGAGGUUUAGCAUAGCAAGGAUGUCCUGAAGUGAUUCUCAGAAGCCGUUUCAAUUCAAAAUUGUCUCUAAGUCUCUAAGUCACAUGGCUAAAGAGACAGGUUUUUAGGGGUGUCUGAAAUGAAGGAAGAUACUUAGAGAUGCCAAGAAACUUGUAUAAUGCGGGUUUGUUGGCUUGUGAGUAAAGACGGAAGGCACCAACCAAUACGCCUUGCACACUCUACCUGUGUAUUCAUUGGACGGAGUCCAGUGACCAAAAUUACAGAUAAAAAAUGUUCCCGGCAGCAAGUACAGUUGAAAGCGGAUUACAAUAAAGGAUUUGUCCUUGUUAAACAGUUGGGGAUAAAUCCAAGCAACGUCAAUUCAGAAGAUGUGGGGAAAGACAAGGAAGUGAAAUUGAAGCCAGGACAGAUUCUUCACCUCGUCAAUCAGUUGUAUCCAUACACCAUAAAGUUUGAAGAAGAAAUCUUAGAAAAAAAGAAGCUGUCACCAAAGAGACCCCAUGAAGAAAUUUCUCUUAACAACAGCUCUGGCACAUUGAACAAAUGCCUUAAAACUGAGCACUCAAGUCCAAAGGAGCAUGGCACAUUUAAUAACAAACUUGAAAGGAAGAAAGAGAAGACAAAUGAUGGACAAACAAUGACGACAGCGAAGAGUGCAGAAAUAACAGAAAAAAAAGAUUUUCAGGGAAUGUGGAGUCAAGGGCUAAAAGUCUCUAUGCAGGAUCCAAAAUUGCAGGUAUAUAAAGAUGAUACCGUUGUAGUAAUUAAAGACAAAUAUCCGAAGGCUCGUUUUCACUGGCUGGUGUUACCAUGGGAAUCUAUCACCAGUCUGAAGGCUGUGAGAAAGGAUCACUUAAAUUUGCUUCAACACAUGAAUGAAGUUGGAGAAAAGCUGGUGAGAGAAUGUGUGGAUUCCAAAGCAUUAAGAUUUCGAUUGGGCUACCAUGCUAUACCAAGCAUGAGGACUCCCCUCUAUUCUGAGGCUGUGUCCUCUGGUCUUGGACUCCUUAACCACAGGAAACAUCCUCUCCACAUCCACCCUAUCGAGGCAUUUCAACAUUUGACAGGUUUCAAUGAGGUCACCCCUCAUUCUUCUGAACUCCGCCACAUGCAUCUCCAUGUUAUCAGCCAAGAUUUUGACUCUCCCUGCUUGAAGACCAAAAAGCAUUGGAAUUCAUUUAAUACUGAUUAUUUCCUAGAAUCCCAAGAUGUGAUGAAGAUGGUGGAAGAGAAUGGAAAGGUAAUUGUCAAGGAUGACAUGCCUGAAUUGUUAAAAAUGCCAUUAUUGUGCCAUGUCUGCCGACAGCAAUUGUCCACCAUUCCACAAUUGAAAGAGCACCUGAAAAAGCAUUUCCCGUAAAGUUUAGCAAUUCCAUUGUUUCCACGUCUUUCCAGCAGCAUUCAUCCACCUGUUUUCUAUUUGUUGUGCAGCUGUACAGAUUAAUAAAAAAAGGUUUGUUUCUUAUUGUUUGGAAAAUGAAAAACAAGGCUUACUGGUAAAUAACUUUAAUUACGUACAUUAGCACUAGGCUAUAGUUGAGUUAUUAGCAAUCUCGCCUCUGGAUCAAGAUGUGGGUACACAUUCCCACUCCAAAGACUUGAGCUCAAAAU